ACGCACACGUCCUACCUCCGAUAUGACCAUCGCUCACCCAGGUGGUUACCUAUCAGCGAGGUCAUUGUCUGUUUGUGCUCCUGGCUCACCACUCGUUCUUCACCCAUGGGUGUGACUGCGCGUGUUGCGUUGGUAACCUUGUGUUCAGCCUACCUGGUGGUAAAUGUUUACGCGAGACUUAAUGUUCUUUUCAUCGUUGUGGAUGACCUGCGACCGCAACUCUCUUGUUAUGGAUACCCCAACAUGGUGACACCGAACAUCGACAACUUUGCAACGAAAAGUGUUACAUUUGAACGAGCCUAUGUCCAGCAAGGUGUGUGUUCUCCAAGUCGGACUUCGUUUUUGACCGGGCGGCGGCCGGAUACCACCCACGUCUUUGACCUCAAGACCUACUUUAGAAACUUCACCGGCAACUUCUCCACUAUUCCUCAGCACUUCAAGAACAAUGGCUACAUUACCCAGUCGUCAGGCAAAAUUUUUCACAUAGGAAUAGCAUCUGGUAAGACGGAUGAUUACCCAGCCAGCUGGUCCUUUCCUGCUUACCAUGCCCCUACAGAAAAAUAUGCAAUCCAGAAGGUAUGUCCUGGGUCUGGAGGGACUCUGUAUCGCACCGCACGGUGUCCAGUCAAUGUCACCGAGCAGCCCGGAGGAUCACUUCCAGACAUCCAGAACGCAGACUUCGCCAUACAAUUCCUACACAACAGGUCCGAGGACCAGAAACCGUUUUUCUUAGGUAUGGGGUUUAAGAAGCCUCACCUGCCAUUCAGGUUUCCUGUAGAAUACUUGGACCUAUACCCGCUGUCCAAAGUGGCUCCAGCCCCGAAUCCCAACUACCCGCUGCUCCUACCCGAGGUGGCGUGGUCGCCAUGGCCAGAGCUGCGUGUCUAUGAUGACAUCGUGGCGCUCAAUGUCAGCUUCCCUUACGGUCCGGUGCCUCCUGAAUACGCGCUGCUGCUACGUCAGGCCUACUCGGCAGCUGUGACGUAUAUUGACGCGCAAGUGGGCAGGAUCAUGGAGGCGCUGGACACCCUCGGGCUGGCCAGCAACACGAUCGUGACUUUCCACGGAGACCAUGGCUGGCAGCUCGGCGAGCAUCAAGAAUGGUGCAAACACGACAACUUCGAAAUCACCACGCGUGUCCCAAUGUUCGUCUACAUCCCUGGCACGACGGCGCCAAAAGCCCCUCCAGGGCAGUUGUUUCCCUUCUUCGAUCCCUUCGAGGCUCUUCGAUCGGAUUACAAAGCGCCGGCCAUGCCCUCGGGUAGACUUUCCACGGAUGCCUUGGUGGAAGCCGUGGACCUCUUCGCGACGCUGUCGGAGUUGGCCGGGUUGCCGGUUCCACCCCUCUGCCCUCCAGACUCCUCCCAAGUCGAACUCUGCACCGAGGGGUACAGCCUCGUUCCCCUCAUCAAAAAUCUAACGACAUCACCGUCCAACUCCAGCUUCCAGUGGAAGUCGGCCGCCUUCAGUCAGUACCCGCGUCCGUCGGCCACCAUCCAGCAAAACAGCGACCUGCCGAACUUGGAAGACAUCCGCAUCAUGGGGUACACGAUGCGCACCGACGAGCACCGCUACACGGAGUGGGUGGCCUAUGACCCCGUGACCUUUACGGCCAACUGGACGCAGGUGUACGCGCGCGAGCUGUACGUGCACAGCUCGGACCCCGAGGAGAACUACAACGUGGCGGAUGCGCCGCUGUACAGCCAGCUGCUGACGCAGCUCUCGCAACAGCUGAGGCGAGGCUGGAGGGCGGCGCUGCCAGUCAUUGCUGAGUCAUGACGUCAUGACCGGAAGCUGAUAACAGGCAUGCGCAUACUGUCAGUUUUGUUAGUUCGAAGAUCUUAGCAGAAGCUUGGUUGACCAUAGAAAUAAAAAGUUUUUUAUUUGAAAUAU